AUGCCAGCCAAGGGCCUUUUCAGCUCGCUAAAGGGCAUCGAUGCCUUUGGCAAGACCACGGAGGAUGUGAAGGUCAAGACACGCACGGGCGCACUCUUGACCCUUGUAUCAGCUGCGAUCAUCCUAUCCUUUACAAUGAUCGAGUUCUUUGACUACCGCAGGGUGAUUGUCGAUACAUCCAUCGUAGUGGAUCGAAGUAGGGGCGAGCGAUUAACAGUAAAUAUGAAUGUCAGCUUUCCGAGGGUACCAUGUUACCUGCUCAGCCUUGACGUAAUGGAUGUCAGCGGUGAUCUGCAGACUGACAUCUCGCACAAUAUUCUCAAGACGCGACUGACAUCCGCGGGCGUACCCGUGCCGAACGCCCAGAGCAGCGAGCUCCGCAACGACAUCGAUAAGAUGAACGAGCAGCGCGGCGCAGACUACUGCGGCUCGUGUUACGGCGGUACACCGCCCGAAAACGGAUGCUGUAACUCGUGUGAUGAUGUGCGCAAGGCGUACACCGACCGAGGAUGGAGCUUCAACCGUCCGGACUCAAUUGAGCAGUGUGUAAACGAAGGCUGGUCGGACAAGCUGAAAGAGCAGGCGAGCGAGGGUUGCAACAUCUCCGGGCGCGUCCGCGUGAAUAAGGUCGUCGGGAACAUCCACCUCUCGCCGGGGCGCUCGUUCCGCGCGUCGAACAACGACAUCUACGACCUCGUGCCGUACCUCCGCGAUGAUGGGAACCGGCACGACUUCAGUCACACGAUCCACAAGCUCGCGUUCGAGGGUGAUGAGGAAAGCGAUGUGUUCAAGGCGAAGCCCGGCCGGGAGAUGAGGCGCCGGAUGGGCAUCACCGAGAAUCCACUGGACGGAGCCAUUGCAAGGACGUCGAAGCAGGCAUACGCAUUCCAGUACUUCUUGAAGGUGGUGUCGACAAAAUUCUACACGCUGGAUGGGAAAUCUUUAAACACGAACCAGUACAGUUCCACUCAAUUUGAACGGGACCUUUCUAAGGGACGACGAGAAGAAAACAAUGACGGCGUCCAUGUUUCACAUUCGACUCCCGGAGUUCCCGGCGCAUUCUUCAAUUACGAUGUGUCCCCCAUCCUGAUUGUGCACACCGAGACACGGCAAUCCUUUGCACACUUCCUCACAUCGACAUGCGCCAUCGUAGGUGGUGUACUGACCGUUGCCGCGCUGAUCGACAGCAUGCUCUUUGCCGCAAGCAGAUCGCUUAAGAGACAUGCUGGCAGUGUCCCCUCAAGUCUUGCAUACGCGAAUGGCAAGCUCAUGUAG